AAAUUCCUCAUCUUUAUGUAUACGCGUAAAGUGGGAAUGUGGGAGGCGAUGGAAAGUCACAAGCAAAUUCCUCAUCUUUAUGUAUACGCGUAAAGUGGGAAUGUGGGAGGCGAUGGAAAGUCACAAGCAAAUUCCUCUUUUUAGAUAUAUGUACAAGAUCUACUAUAAUAUAUAUAUGCAGACUCUAGAUAUAUAUACUAAUUGCUAUCUAGAUCACUAGCUCCGAGUAAUUUGGCACACAAUUUAGCAAAAAUCCUAUGGCUUCUUCUUUAUCAUCUUCAUCAGUGCCUGGAUCUGAAUAUGAUGUGUUCUUAAGUUUUAGAGGCCCAGACACUUGCAAAACCUUUGUGGCCCAUCUCUACGCCGCUCUGUGUGACAGAGGAAUCAGGACCUUCAAAGAUGACGAAAGGCUUGAGCAAGGAAAAUCCAUAUCUCCAGAGCUCAUCAAAUAUAUUAAUGAAUCAAGAAUUGCUGUGAUCGUCUUCUCCAAAAACUACGCUAAUUCAUUAUGGUGCUUGGAUGAACUGGUGGAGAUCCUUGAAUGCAGGAGGACCAAGGGACAGAUAGUGCUGCCCAUCUUCUACGAUGUGAAACCGGCGCAAGUUCGGAACCAGAAGAGGAGUUUUGCGGAAGCAUUUAGAUACAUAUUCUGCUUUGAAGGUUUUGCAGAAGCAUUUAUAUAUAUGUUCCGUCCUAGAGAGAUGGAAAGGGUGGAGAGACGAAGGAAAGCUUUGAAGGAAGCAGCAAAUCUAUGCGGCUUGGAUUUACAAGAUGCAGCAGAUGGGAACGAAGGCAAGUUUAUCAAAAUAAUUGUUCAAGAGAUUUCAAAAAAAUUGCCUAAACCAUUUCAUGUUGCUGAUUAUGAAGUGGGUAUCAAAGAGCGUGUGGAGAAAAUAAUCAAGUUGCUCGGUGAGGAUCAACUCUUUCUUGGAAUUUGUGGAAUUGGAGGAGCAGGCAAAACAACCCUUGCCAAAGCUAUUUUUAACUGUGUAUCACAAAAAUUUGACCGGAGUUGUUUUCUUAAAAACGUGAGAGAAGAGUCAACAAAGGAUGGUGGUCUAGCUAAAUUACAAAGUGAUCUUCUCAAAGAGGUCCUAAAGGAUGAUACUAUAACAAUAUCACAUCCUGAUAGGGGAAUCAAGGAGAUAGAGAAUAGACUUCGUAACAAAAGGCUUCUUCUAGUACUUGAUGAUGUAGAUGAUGAACAUACAUUGAAGUACUUAGUUGGAGUAGGACCUGAAUGGCUUGGCAGUGGUAGUAGGAUCAUCAUAACAACUAGAAAUAAAAGAUUGUUGGAUACAUUAAAUUUAGCUAAAUAUGAAGAUGAUGUCGAAGAAGAUUCAGAUACUGAUGAAUGAUCAAUCUUAAACAACAUUCAGGAUUUUGAGAAAGCAUUGGGAGAAGAGUGAAGGACUUGUUUAGGUUGGUAUAAGACGAGAUGUUCCAAAUAAGAAGACAAUGAAGAUGGAAAAAGAAGGAUGCUAGCUGCCUAAUGGCUAAGUUUUUCAAAUUUAUUCAUAUGUCUUGUACCCGGUUUUGUUGAUAACCGAUAUUGAAAGUUUUAUAUUAGUUGAACACGGUUUGUUUUAUUUAGAAACUUUGUUUUUGGCAUGAGAUAUGAAUUGUGCCAUCAUCUCAAAAAGAUUGAAUAGUUUUAAUAAGUUUACCUAAUUUAUUCUCCA